ACAUCCUUCGGGCGAUGUGCCAUUUUUGCCACUUCGGAGCUUUUACUAAAUGUUGUAUCCCUCAGGCUGCUCAGUCGUAUAGCGUGGUACAUUUUGUAACGCAAAAUAUAGAUGUGCUUCAGAAUCGUUGACAUGUAGCAAAAAGGCUCCCCCUCCUUCACCAUUAUCAUGGUGGCACAACCAGCUGAGCAUGGAGUUCGUUUCUUAACAUCAUCUUAUUGCACGAGCGCAUCUGCCAGGGACUAGUCCACCACCGUCAACCCUACAUAGACGCUCGGACAUAUUCCACAUGGCGCAUGCAGUAUUUGGGAAACGAAGGCGCUGUGGAACAAAAUACUCCAGUACCUACAUACUGUACAUGCCCAGCGGUCUCCACCACGGCUGUUCUCGAAUCAUCUCGACACAACUUGGCGGACUCACAGCAACAAAUCAGUUUCAAUAGUCUCAAGACGCUGAGAUACCACUGCGAUAGUCGAGCAAUUGAGCGUUGCAAAUCAUGUCAGUUUUGUCCUCGGAUUUCCGUUUCGCCCCCGGUCAGAGAAUUGCUACAGAUCUGCAAAGAGCUUGGGCCAGGUGUUCGUACCCGUGAGCUUUCACGCGGUUCAGGUCUGCAAUUUUUUUUCCCGUUUCUCCGUUUUCCCCGCCUCCCUAUAUUGUACAGUAGUGCAAGCCACACGCGGCCAAGACGCCAUGCGGCACCGCAUGGGUGGUCGUCAAUUAAAGCCCAAACUGCUGGGAAACUGUGGCUAAAGACUGUCUCGGAGGACCUAAAUACCCUUUCAAGUAUAGCACGAAUCAAGUCAUCAGCUUCUCCGCCAGUUGCGGAACAGUCAACUACAUAUGCGGAACGAGAAAAAAACGCCAACAACUACUAUUUACUACCUACUGCUUCAAGCGUUCCCGCAUUCGGACAAGUAAUCAUUAAUACACCAUAUUGAAGAUUUGACGGCCCUGACGUCUUUCGCUUCCAGCACAUGCCUUGGAUGAGCCUAAGCUAGCCAGGCUAGAAUCGAUCCCUAUGGACAUUAGUGUUGACUAAGAACACGGAGUCAGGGACUCUAGCUGUCAUUCACGAAUUUAUGUGCCAUUUAUGGAAUUACUAAGAGUCGACUUUCGAAACCGA